UCUUUACAAUUUUAUUAGGUCUAUCAGAAAUAACCAAUCAGAUUAGCAUUCCUUUACCUAGUCUUCUUAUCGCGGACAAACAGUAAGAGUAGGCUGCGCGUCCCCAUUGGAUCCAGAUAUUACUCAAUGAAAUCGAACAACUUUGAAUAACAGACGCGUAUGGAGAAGUUGAUGCAAACAUUUUCCGUAGAAUAGAUCGCUUGUAAAAUAUGAAAUAUAUUCUAGUAACCGGUGGUGUGAUCAGCGGAGUCGGCAAAGGUGUUAUUGCAAGUUCAUUUGGUACUAUACUUAAACAUUGCAAUAUUCAUGUGACAUCUAUCAAGAUAGAUCCUUACAUAAAUAUCGAUGCCGGCACCUUUUCUCCAUACGAACACGGAGAAGUAUAUGUGUUGGAUGAUGGUGGAGAGGUAGAUCUUGAUUUAGGAAACUAUGAACGUUUCCUAGAUAUUACUUUACACAGAGACAAUAAUAUCACAACAGGUAAAAUUUAUCAACAUGUAAUAUCAAAGGAGAGACGUGGCGAUUACUUGGGAAAAACAGUUCAAGGCAUAGUAAUACCACAUAUAACAGAUGCCAUUCAAGAAUGGGUUGAAAGAGUUGCAAAACAAUCUGUAACAAAGGAUGGUGAUAAACCAGAUGUUUGCAUUAUUGAAUUAGGUGGAACCAUAGGAGAUAUUGAAGGAAUGCCUUUUGUAGAAGCUUUUAGGCAAUUUCAAUUUAGAGUAAAAAAAGAAAACUUCUGUUGUGCACAUGUAUCAUUAGUGCCACAACCAAAAUCUACAGGAGAACCAAAAACAAAACCGACUCAAUCCAGUGUGAGAGAAUUACGUGGUUUGGGUUUGUCUCCUGAUCUCAUAGUUUGUAGAUCUGAACUACCAAUAGGCGAUUGUGUGAAAGAAAAAAUUUCGAAUUUUUGUCAUGUUGCUCCUGAACAGGUGAUAACAAUCCAUGAUUUGUCAUCUAUAUAUCGUGUUCCUUUGUUGAUGGAAUCUCAAGGUGUUAUUGAAUUCCUAAAUGACAGGUUACAAUUAAAUAUCGGAACGCCACGUCCCCGAUAUUUUAUGCGAAAAUGGAGAGAUUUGGCGGAUCGCACUGAUCAUUUACGAAAAGAAGUAAACAUCGCGUUAGUUGGAAAAUAUACAAAAUUAGAAGACUCCUAUGCAUCAGUCACAAAAGCAUUGCAACAUGCUUGUAUUCAAGUUGGCUACAAACUCAAGUUAACAUAUAUAGAGGCUGAUAAUUUAGAACACAAUACAAAAGCAAUAGAUCCUGUACUAUACCAUGAAGCCUGGCAUCAACUUUGUAGAAGCAAUGGUGUUAUAGUACCAGGUGGAUUUGGUAAAAGGGGUAUGCUGGGAAAGAUGGAAGCAUGUGGAUGGUGUAGAACAAAUGACAAACCUUUUCUUGGUAUUUGUUUGGGCUUACAAGUGGCGGUAGUUGAGUUCGCAAGAAAUGUUUUAGGCAUAGAGGAUGCAAAUAGUAUAGAAAUUGAUCCAGAAACUGAUCAUCCCCUCGUUAUAGAUAUGCCUGAAUAUAAUCCAGAACAAAUGGGUGGAACCAUGAGGCUUGGAAAAAGAUGCACUCGAUUUACAGAAAAUAAUUCUCUCAUAAAGCAGCUGUAUGGCAAUAAGAAUUUUAUAGAAGAAAGACAUAGGCAUCGAUAUGAAAUUAAUCCCAAGUAUAUUGAUGAUUUAGAAGCAGCUGGAUUGAAAUUCGUAGGUCAUGAUGAGGAAAAUUUACGUAUGGAAAUAGCAGAAUUGGAAGGACAUAGUUACUAUGUUGCAACGCAAUUCCACCCAGAAUAUUUGUCUAGACCGUUAAAACCUUCACCCCCAUUCUUAGGAUUAAUUUUGGCCAGUGUUGGUAAAUUAAAACAUUACUUAGCCAAAGGUUGUAAACUUUCACCUCAAGUGGUCAGUGAUAAUGAUUCAGAUACCGAAAAUCUAGUUGAUGAGAUGAAACAACAAAUAAUGAGCGAGGCUAGUAUAAGUGGUAUAAUUAUAUUAAUUUGAGUAAUUAAUAAUGAAGUACUAUUAUGUUCAUAUAUGUACGUAUGUUGAUAUUAAAAAAUUUUUUUAUUUUAGAACAAAGCUUUGGAUACAUAUUCAAAUAUAUGCGUAAUAAUAUAUUA